ACAGGUCAGUGGAUGAGGGUCUUGCGGGCUCAAGCAAAGCCCACCCAUAGGGCUAGUUACGAUUGAGUGGGGCUCGUUAAACUUUGACUUCUACACGUUUUCCAGCAAGUGACCCGCGCCGAGUGUUCCUGCGCAUCCCCCCAGGCCCCUCUUUACACGCGCCCCGCCUGUCCCUCUGUCCGUCCUCCCUCGUCCGAGGCAGGGGCCUGGUGCGAAUGCCCAGCUGAAGUGAAUCCGCAUCUGAAGGCCUCUGCGGCACCUGGGCAAGACAUCCCCGUGAGCCUUCACACAUCUCUGCCUUCUCCUGAGAAUAGGACGAAAUGGCCAAAUCCCAGGAAAGAGCAUACCAAGGCCUUGGGAAACCAGUUUCCUGGAAUUGUGUUUCGGGGUAUUUCUUUGCUGGGUCUUCAUGUGAAACUGUCUUCAACCACAGCCUGGGACUAGUGACAUUUGAGGAUGUGGCUGUGGAUUUCACCCAGGAGGAAUGGCAGUACCUGAAUCCUCCACAGAGGACCCUGUACAGAGACGUGAUGCUCGAGACCUAUAGCAACCUGGUCUGUGUGGGGCAGCAGAUUACUAAACCAGACCUCAUCCUCAAGCUGGAGGUGGAAGAACUGGACCCAGCAGAUGAAAAAAUCCCAAUGUGGAGCUUUCCAGAACUUUGCCAAAUUGAUGAACAGAUUGACAGGAAGCUUCAGGAUGAUGACCAAGAUAAAUAUCUGUUGAAGCAAGUUGGAUUCCCUGACAAGAACAUAAUUACCACCAAGAGUGGCCAUUACUCUAAUGAAUUUGGGAACACACUUCAUUUGAGCACAAGCCUUGUUCUUCCAAUACAAAGACCCUAUAAAUUUGAAUCCUUUGGACAUAAUAUGGUAGAUAACUUAGACUUAUUUAGUAGAAGCUGUGUAGAAAAGAAACUUGAUAAUGGAUGUGCAAAAUUAUUCUUCCACAGUGAGUUUGAAAAAACAAAUCUUAUAAUGAAACCCUAUGGAUAUAAAGAAUCUGGGACAGCCCUCAGGCGAAAGAAAGGUCUUAGCCUUCAUCAGAGAAUUAAAAAUGGAGAAAAACCCUUUGAGUGCACCGCAUGUCGGAAAACCUUCAGUAAGAAGUCACACCUCAUUGUCCAUUGGAGAACUCAUACAGGAGAGAAACCCUUUGGAUGUACUGAAUGUGGAAAAGCCUUUAGCCAAAAAUCUCAGCUCAUUAUACACCUCAGAACUCAUACAGGAGAGAGACCCUUUGAGUGUCCUGAAUGUGGCAAAGCCUUCAGAGAAAAGUCAACUGUCAUCAUCCACUACAGGACUCAUACAGGAGAGAAACCUUAUGAAUGUAAUGAAUGUGGAAAAGCCUUCACUCAGAAGUCCAACCUCAUUGUUCAUCAGAAAACCCACACAGGAGAGAAAACCUAUGAGUGCACUAAAUGUGGGGAAUCUUUCAUACAGAAACUUGAUCUAAUUAUACACCAUAGUACUCACACAGGAAAGAAGCCCCAUGAAUGUAAUGAAUGCAAGAAAACGUUCAGUGAUAAGUCAACCCUCAUUAUACACCAAAGAACUCACACGGGAGAGAAGCCUCACAAAUGUACUGAAUGUGGAAAGUCUUUUAACGAGAAGUCAACCCUUAUUGUGCACCAGAGGACUCAUACUGGAGAGAAACCCUAUGAAUGUGAUGUGUGUGGAAAAACCUUUACCCAAAAGUCAAACCUGGGUGUGCAUCAGAGAACGCAUUCAGGAGAGAAACCCUUUGAGUGUAACGAAUGUGAGAAGGCCUUCUCUCAGAAAUCCUACCUCAUGCUACAUCAAAGAGGCCACACAGGAGAGAAGCCCUAUGAGUGCAAUGAAUGUGAAAAGGCGUUUUCCCAGAAGUCCUAUCUCAUCAUACAUCAAAGAACUCAUACAGAAGAAAAACCCUAUAAAUGUAAUGAGUGUGGCAAAGCCUUCCGAGAAAAGUCAAAGCUCAUUAUCCAUCAGAGAAUUCACACAGGAGAGAAGCCCUAUGAAUGUCCUGUGUGCUGGAAAGCUUUCAGUCAGAAGUCACAGCUUAUAAUCCAUCAGAGAACGCACACAGGAGAGAAGCCCUAUGCAUGCACAGAGUGUGGUAAAGCCUUCAGGGAAAAAUCCACAUUCACUGUACAUCAGAGAACUCACACUGGAGAGAAGCCCUAUAAGUGUACAGAAUGUGGAAAAGCCUUUACCCAGAAAUCCAACCUUAUUGUACAUCAGAGGACUCAUACAGGAAAGAAGGCUGGGAGAGGCCACCCCCGCAAGUCAAAGCUCACCACUCAUUAGGGAAGAAAGCAACAGUAGUUACGUAUCCUAGAAAGAUGUGUCAAUUUAACAUGUUAAAGAGUGGGUUCUAACUUCUCUUUUAAACAUGGGGUAUAAAGCCAGCCUUUCUUUUUACCUUCUCAGUUUUUGCCCAAAUGCAAAACUAACAAAGUUAGGAGAUACCUCCAGCCAGAGGUUUGACAGAGGCAGAGGCAGUCAAAAACCAGUGGAGAUUUCACAGCAUGCUCAGCACUGGAGAUGCAAGGCAGCGUGGAUAAGGACUCUCAGCCGAGGGUCAAGACACACUUGAGCAGGACCAUGGGCAGUUGUGACAACGAUGAGUGCACGGGAAGAUAGGAGGUUUCCUAGACCAUGUAAGGUCUGAGGAGAAACAGGAAGUGGCCUCAACAAGGAAUCACACAAACUAACCAUAAUAGCAUAAUUGUAUGGAUAGGAAGAACCGUUGGGGAGAGGUUAGGGGGUGGAGAGAAGGGACAGAGCUUCCAUUAUUUACUGACUUGGAAGAAGUAAAGCCUGAAAGAACUAACAGAUGUUUGGGGAGGAUCUCAGUCGCUAGAAAAUUGUGAUGUGCCUAGAAUGUGGCUCUGAUAUCUUCCCCUCAUGUGAAUCUCCAGCAAAUAGGAAGUCCAGGAACAACUCUUCUCAUUCAAAGAGAAUCAUUUAGAAGUACUCAAAAGUACAAAAUGGAUUUUGAGUCAGGACUUUAACUUCUAGGUAUGUAUAUACUCACAUGUAGAUAACAUGAACACAGAGGCGUUCCUGAUGCACUGUUGUGAAAACAAGAUGGUAAGCUGUCCAAACGACAGCACCAGAGUUCUGCUUCCCCAAACAUUGAUAUAUUCAUACAACAAACAUCUAGUUAGUCAAAAGAAUAAAAAGAAGUUGGGUAUUAUUUCUACAGUGACAUGGGAUAAUCCAAGUUAUUAGAUGGAGCAGCAUAGUAUAACAUGCUGUCCUGUGUACAUAAAAGGGGAAUAUGGUAAGUACCUCAUUGACUGUAUAUGCAUAAACUUUUUCUGGAAAGAGACACAAGAAGCUGGUAUCCCUGAUUACGCUGGGGAAGGGAGAGGGGCAGUGAGUAUCUGGGGG